UCCAAGACUGUCUCAUAAGCUUCUUUGACCUUCUCUCUCUUCCUCCCAACUCCUCCCAACUCCAUCAAAGAAACCAAAAUUUGAUGGGCAAGAACAACAACAAUCCCUACCACCAAAUUAGCUUUUUCAAUCCCACAUACUGUUUACAACCUCUCACCUCCAAAGAACUCCCACAAAAAUGCUCCAAAGAAAGCAUGAGUUUCUCUUCCGGCCGCCAUCAUCUCACCCUUCCUUCAUGUGAGAUCGGUAAUAACCCUUCUUCACCAAAAGUUGGCUGCAUGGGCCAGAUCAAGAAAGACAAGGUUUCUUGGCCAUGGACAAAUCCUUUAACAACAAGAAGCAGCAGUAAUGGAAGCAAGAAGUUCUUGAAACUUGGUAGAGUGUUCUCGUCUCGAAACAUGAUAAGCCCAAGAGUGUCAUCAGAGAAGAUGGAGCAUGAACCUUAUCCGGUUAAUACGUUGGCAAGUGUGCAUGACAUGGAUCCACCAUUGCCAGUGGUGAAGUAUGUGAUGAAGGAAGGAAACUCAGGUGAUAGUCUUUGGAAAAGACGACGAGGAGAUCAGAAUGGACUCGAAGGUUUGCAGAUCAACAGCAAUGGCAGAUGCAGCAUGUCUGUGUUUACAGCAGAUUCAUGUGGGUCAUGAGAGAUCCAGCUGGUUUUUUACUAUUUGUUCCUUUGUUUGUUAACUGUAUUUAUUUAUGAACUAUGCACAUGAAGAUUGACUAUAUGGUAUGGGAAAGGAAAGAAGAUUGGAAAAUAUUUUUUGGACAUGGAUGUGAGUUAUUAGAUGAAAUGAU